AUGGCGUGCAUGCUCAUGAAGUGCGAGACGAAAAGCAGCCGCGUGAAAGGCGUUGCCUUCCACCCGACCCUUCAGUGGUGCCUAACGGCGUUGCAUAAUGGGGCCAUUCAGCUUUGGGAUUACCGCGUGGGCUCCUUGGUGGACCGCUUUGAGGAGCACGAGGGUCCUGUCCGCGGCGUGGAUUUCCAUGCAUCGCAACCUCUCUUUGUGAGCGGUGGCGAUGACUACCAAAUGAAACUGUGGAACUUAGUACAGCGCAAAUGUAUAUACACCUUUUCUGGCCAUCUAGACUAUAUACGCACGACGUUCUUUCACGAUGUUUACCCCUGGAUUCUCUCCGCCUCGGACGAUCAAACGGUGCGGAUUUGGAAUUGGCAGUCACGCGCAUGCUUGGCCGUCUUGACCGGGCACACGCACUACGUUAUGUGCGCUCGCUUCCAUCCAACUGAAGACCUGGUGGUUUCUGCUUCUCUAGACCAGACACUGCGGCUGUGGGACACUUCCGGGCUUCGGGAGCGUUCAGGAGGGGUUGUAGGGGCUGUGGGUCGCAGCGGCAGCAGAAGCACCGCCCAUGGAGAUAUAUUUGCUGCUACUGAUGCUGUUUGCAAGCUCGUCUUGGAAGGCCAUGAGAGGGGUGCCAACUGGGCGACCUUCCACCCCUCGAUGCCCCUCAUUGCUUCGGCAGCUGAUGAUAAGUUAAUUAAGCUCUGGCGGUACAACUCUGUGAAGGCGUGGGAAGUGGAUACACUACGUGGGCACAGCAACAACGUGUCUUGUUUGGUUUUCCAUCCUCACCGCGACUUGUUGAUUUCGGAUUCCGAAGACAGAACCAUACGAGUCUGGGACGUUUCGCGUCGUACCUGCCUCCACACCUUCAGGCGAGAUAUGGACCGCUUCUGGGUGCUGGCUGCCCACCCUACUUCAGGAGCCAUCGCUGCAGGUCACGACGGAGGGAUGGUGGUUUUCAAGUUGACAACAGAGAGGCCACCCUCAUGCAUGUGGACGGGGCACGAGCUGCUGUAUGUGGCAGAGAGGCGACUCUGCUGGAUAGACGUCGCGGUGCUGCUGCACCAACAACAACAGCAACAGCAGCUCGAGGUCAUGCUCGGGGAAGUUAGAAGGCCUCCGAAUGCCCUUGCUAACGGUCCCAAACAACUUCUUGUGAACCCUCUUAACGCUGGAGAAGUUAACGCUGUUGUGGUUUAUACGGAAGGCGAAAGCCUUUCCUACGACUUUCUUUGUGGGCCCCGUGCAGAUGGCCGGGGGGCCCCUGCCGCUGGAUGUCUAUCACAAGUUGCACAGGGGGCGGGUUUGUCCUUCGCAUUUAUCGCCCGCAACAAGCUGGCCAUCUUAGAGAGCGCUCCCAAUGGCAGCUGCCUAAGAGUUCAGACGGCUCCAUCAGCUUCUUCUCACGCAGGACAUGCCACGGCGGACGCCGGCCGCAUUGAGCCCUUGCCGGUUGCUACCGACAAGAUAUUCUUUGCUGGGCCCAACAGGCUUAUCCUGCUGGGCGAAGACAAGAUGUACCUUUACGACGUCCCGUCGCGUCGUUUGUCUCCCCCAUUAACGCUGAAUAUUGGGGGUCCCGUGAGGACAGUGACAUGGGCACCAGACAUGCAGCACUUAGCGCUGACUUCGAAACAUUCUGUGGUAUUGCUACGCGUAAACUUCGCGGCAUUGUCCGCCUUGCCGGUCGGAGCCACAGAGAAGGGAAUGGAAGCCCCCGACCCAGCUUUUAAGGUACUGGCGUCCCUUCACGAGAAUAUCCGUGUUAAAGGAGGAGUUUGGGACCCCGAAUUCGGAGGUUUCAUUUACUCUACACUGUCCCACGUGAAGUUCUGUAUGACCAACGGAGACAGGGGAAUCGUGUAUAGUCUUUCAGAGUCCAUUUACAUAGUGGCGGUGAUGCAGCAGCAGCUAAUAUAUUUGGACAGACGUUCACAACUGCACUGCAGGGCGUUGGCGUGCAACGACUAUCUGUUCAGAGUAGCGCUCAGCCGUCAAGAUUACACAAGGGUGGGGAUGGGCGUCGCCUUGCUUGUCCGCUAUGGAAAUCUGUGCGGCAAUGCGCUCAUCGGCUACUUGAAGGAGAAAGGUUACUCUGAAAUCGCUCUCGAAUUCCUGUCUGACUGCAAGUCGAAGUUUUUAAUGUCGUUGGAAGUUGGCCGUAUGGAUGAGGCACUUGAAGCCGCAAAGGCAUUGAACGAUAAGGCUGGAUGGCGAUUGCUGGCGGAUGCCGCAGUGCAGGAGGGGCACUUUGGCCUCGCUGAGAUUUGCCUCCAGAAGCUCAAGGCAUUUGAAAAGCUGUCGUUCUUGUAUUUGCUUCUGGGGGAUCGGGCCAAACUAAAGAAGAUGCUUCAUGUGUCAAAGUUGCUGCGGGAGCCUCUGUUGCGGCAGCACCAAGCCUUGCUGCUGGGAGAUGCAGAGGAGCGAGUAGACGUUUUCAUGGAGGCGCAGCAACCAGGACUGGCAUAUCUUUGUGCGAAAGUGCAUGGCCUGGACGAGUUAGCUGAACAGCUGAGGGGUUCCGUAGAUGAGAAGGACAUUGAGGAAUUCCUGCCGAAGACGCCCGUAGCUCUAUUUCCCCCUUUGCCCGUCAUGAGAUUUGGGCCGGGAGAGGCCGCCACUUGGAAGCCUGCAGUAUCAGGAGAAUUAUCUCCCUUUGCUGCUGCCCUACGUGCUGUUGAUGAAAUGGAUCCAGAGACCGCUCGGUUGAUGUUGCACAAGGGCAUGGAUACGAACGAGGCAGACGUGGCAGCUGCAGGGCGGGCCACUGGGGCGAUGGGGGAUUGGGCGGAGGCUCCGGGGGUUGGCAGCGAUGAACUGGAGGACUUUGCCUCCGUCGGCGCAGCGGCAGAAGGGGAGUGGAAAGAUGCCAUUGAUAUUGGAAUGGAUGAUGAACCUACAGUUUCUUGCGCUGGAGGAGCAGCGAGGGGCCAUGGAAUUAUCAACGGGAAAACAGGGGAGCUUCAUGGCGACACACCUGGAACAGACCCAACGGCCGCCUGGAGGCAGAAACCCAUUCCUUCUGACCUUGUUGUCGCGGGGGACUUCACUGGCGCCAUCCAGAUGCUGCGGCGUCGUCUUGGUCUUCUGCGUGUUGCUCCAUUUGAGGCUGUAUUCCAAAAGAUCUACGAAGCUAGCUGGGUUCAGUUGAAGGGCCACUCUUUUGCUCCACCACUCCAGUUACCUCUCACACGAGGACAGCCCUACAAGACAGCAGCCCCCCCCCGGCUGAUCACCAGUGCAUACCUGCUUACACAAGUCAGAGAAGCCCACAAACUGGUUACCGGGGGCAAGUUCGCAGAGGCCCUCGCUGCGUUCCGUAAGGCCCUUAUUACCCUUGCACUUGCAGUGGCAGAAAAUCAAGAAGAGGAGCAACAGUUGCUGGAGAUGCUGGACAUCUGUAGGACCUACAUCACCGGCAUGAAAUUGGAAACAGAACGUCUGUCCCUGGCAGAAUCUGACGCACAACGCAACCUGGAGCUUGUCGCAUAUUUCAGCUGCUGCCGCCUGCAGCCGUCACACUCCUUCCUGGUUCUCCGUAGAGCAAUGAGUGUAGCAUGGAAGGCACAGAAUUUCAUCACUGCUGCGUCGUUUGCCCGUCGACUACUCUCUGGAACGUACUCGGGUUUAAAGGGCGCACCAGAAGAGCUGGCAAAGGCGAAGAAGGUCCUCCUGCUUUGCGAGCAGAAGGGAACAGACGCUAUUAAUAUAAACUAUGAACCUGGAGAAGCAGAAAAUAUGCUUCUCUGCACGUCGACGCUGACGCGGCUGAACCCAGGCACCCCUGUUGUUCGCUGCGGUUUUUGUGGGGCAGUGGCCCAGCAGCGUCUCCAAGGCGGGUUGUGCAGAGUUUGUGAGGUUUCGGAGCUCGGCGCCAGAGUGGUUGGCGUUCAGUUCCUCCCCAUUGUCUGA